GGUAACACUACACGCGGGUCAACAAAAACAAUACUUGUUCAUUUUGAAUGUUUUUAUAAUUGGAGGUUUUUAUAAUGGAAUAUGUGCAGGAAAAUAGAGGAUUUACCAAUAUCGGCAAUAGCUUUGGCUUCGUAUGCAGAAUUAUAGAAAAGCAAUGCGGAAUUCAACAAUUGGGAGCUCUUGAAAAAUACGAAUUUGCCGAGCUACUGAAGAUUCUGAAUGGCACAGAAAAGUUUCUGGCCUCCAAGUUCUUCUGCCAACUGCCAGCGAAUGUCGGCAGUUUUCGAGUUCUCCGACAGCUACAGGAACUUCGCAUCCUGACGGCCACGCAGUACAUCUUUAGCAAGGAGGACUCCGAUCAACUGCAGGUGGACCUGAUCAUAUUCCUGGAAUCUGAGUUCGAACUUCUCGCAAAUGUUUUCUUUUCAGCGGCUUACGAUGCUGAAUCUGCGUUGAAGCUAACCUUGAUACUGACAAGCGCUUUGGGGAAUCUCUAUUCCGGCCUCGUUGGCAAUCCCAAGAUAUGCAGCUUGGCAUAUGUGGAGUUCUUGUGCAAAACCCUGCCAGAUGAAGCGCUAAAUGUUUGCAUGAACAUGCAUUUAAGUACCCUGUUGGAUCUUCACCGAUCGGAGAAUGUAGACGAGGCAUUCGCCAGCUUUAGCGCCUGGAUAAAUGAGGGCGUCGACGAACUAACCUUUGUAAAGCACCUUUGCGAUAAGAUGUUUGCUAGCCAUCAGCAGGCAGCCCUUCAAUAUCUAUUCAAACAGUCAAACACGGAAAACUUUAAUCAGUGGAAGUUCUAUCUAAUACUUGUGCAAACUAUCGCAAGCGCAGCCAAUCCUGAAACCACCGCAUACAUUAAAAAGUAUCUGAAAAAUAGACUUCUGCAAACUGCAUCCACGGCUUCCCUGGGAUCCUUGCUUCAUUUGCUGCUGACUGCAAGGGCUGCUUGUGCCUCAACCAUGGAUGUUCGUGCUAAUCUAGACAACUAUGCGAAGUGGUACAAGCAGAACAUUGGUGAAAUGACGUACAUAUUGGGCACGGAAAAGUUUCAGACAAUCCUAAGGCUCUUGGAGGAGUCUUUACCAUACGAAAAAGAGUUGCAAUACCUGGAGAUUCAUGUGUCAAUUGCCAUUUCACCUGGUGGGCGGCUGGUUCAGGCCUACAAAACUAAGUGCAGGGCUCAUGCAGCUCAACUUAAAUCGGUGGCAAAGCGAAAGGCUUCCACAGACUAGAUGCAAGGUGGUGCUAUUCAAUAAAUAAAAUACUCAGGAUACUCGCACUGAACACUGAAACUCAUUAAAAUGUAUUAUGCUCAUGCUGUCCC